AUGUCGAACUUAGCAAACAAGCGUGUGCUGAAGGAGCUCAAGGAUUUUGUGUCGAACAACAGUGCCACCAACGGGCCGUUGAAACUCGUCUCCUCACAGGACAAGGUGGACUGCAUCCUCAUCGAAAUGAGGAUAACCUCAAACCCGCUCUACGAUCCAAACACACCCUUCACCCUCAGCUACCAGAUCGGAGACGACUAUCCCUUUUCUCCUCCACAGAUCGUCUUUGUCGGAAGCAACAUCCCUGUUCACCCGCACAUUUACUCGAACGGCCACAUCUGUCUUAAUAUCUUGUACGACGGCUGGACCCCUGUCCAAUCGAUCUCCUCAAUCGUUCUCUCGCUACAGAGCAUGUUGCUGAACAACCGCGUGCUGGAGAAGCCCCAUGACGACGAGAACCACUGCAAAUAUGGACCCUCAAACCCGCUUCUAUCCAAGUGGGUCUUCCACGACGACACGGUGUGA